AUGGAUCUUAAGAGCCAUUAUUGCAAAAGUCAGGUAAAUGGCACUAUUUCCAUAACCACACGUAUGGUCCUUAACGAUACUCUGAAGUCCUCGCUGGAGGAGGGAGCGGGUGAACUCUAUUUAACUUGCAUACCCAAGCGUUGCACACCGGAGAAGAUGGCGAAGGUGGCCAGCGAACUGGGUGAGAUCUACGCCCUGCGCUUUAAGAUCGAUUUCUCGGGGUAUAGUCGUGGAUAUGCCUACCUGCAAUAUGUCAAUACGCCUCUCAAGGAAGCUGCACUGAAGUAUCUGCCGAGGCGAUUCCGACAGAUGAACCUCCCCAUCAGGGUGAUGACAUCCGUGAAUAAUCGCGAGCUCGUGCUGAAUCGGGUGCAGUCGCUCAGGCCCUGGCAAGUUUACCAGGAGAUGCGCAAGAUAUUUCCCUUCACCAUCCUUCGGGUCUACGAGCUCCGACCCAACGGCCAGUUCAUCUAUAUCUUCCGCUACCGCAACAAUGACAUGGCUGCAUGUGCCCAUCAUAGGAUAAGAAAUGCCAUCCGAAGGUUCGGGGCACGUGCUGGCAUAUCCUGGUUAUGUCAAAGUCACUUCUUAAGUGGGGAAAAAAACGACCAUUGCUGCCGAAAACUACAGGACAGUUUGCUAUCCGACGCAGGUAUAGAAAGUUAUUGUUUUACGAUUUAAAAAUUGUUUAAGGUAGAUAGAGUAAGUUGGCUGCAUAAGUUGAAAAGGGAUUUAGAAAAGGAUUGUGUUUUAAGAAUCCUCCCUAGUAAUAUAUGUACAAUUAUUAAUACAUUUUCAAUUUUUCUAAGUACAAAAUACCAAAUCCCCAAUGGUAAUGUAAGAACGCUAUGAAAAUUAUUUUAGGGUUGUCUAUGUUUAUUUUGCAGUUUUUUUUUUAAAUUUUUUGCUUCAAUCCAUUUUUUUAAACUUUUUUAUAUAUAUGUAAAUACUUAUAA